AUGUCGAAUAUCUACUUAACUAUAGGAUUAUUCUUGAUAAUUUGCAACCUGGAUAUUGUAAUAACUCAAUGGUUUCCAACUUAUGAAGCCUUCAAAGAUGAAAAUAUCGAUGACUUAAAUGGUACAAUUUUAUGUCAUAAAUUAUAGGAUGGGUGAUCUAAAACCAAUAUGAAGCAACUUUUGAUGUUGUUACAAAAUGUGGGCCAAUAUAAAUUUUAGGUGGUUUAAAGUCUUUUGGUUCUUAAGCAACAUUAACGAAGAUGAUAAAGAUUCCUCCACAUUAUAGACUUAAAUUUAUAAUACAAUUAUGGAAGUACUACCCAACUGUUAUGUAGAAUAGGCGAUUGGGAAAAUGAUAAAAUUUAAGUGUUUGUAGAUGGUGUGCCAUGGGAAAUGAAAUGGGGUUUUACAGAAGGUUCAAAAUAAUUAUGUGGUGGUCCAAAAAUCCCUAACAGUGAUAAAGUUUAUGAUGUAGAAUUUGAAGUAGCCCAUAAUUCUCCUACAGCUACUAUCGUCAUAGCUAGUACUUAGGUUUAAAAAGCAGAUAAAUAAGCCUGGGGCAUGAGAAAUAUAAAAAUCUCUUUUAAAGAAUGUCCAUCUCAAUGUGGCAUAUGUCAUAAUGACAAAGUUUAAGAAUGCAAAUUUUGGAAAUAAGUAGAUUUGAGUUGGUUUCGUACUGAUACAUCAUUAGAAGGAUGGAAUUUACUAGAAGGAAAAUAAAAGUCUUUUUAAUGUUCAGGAAUAGUUAUGUUUGGAGGUCCAAAUAAUGUUGGUAGUAAAGCCGUUUUGACUAAAACAACUAGUAACUUACCUCCUCAUUAACGAGUAAUGAUUAAAUUUACCUUAUGGAAAGUAAUUUUCAAUAAUUUAUAUUUAAGUUUGGAUAAUGGGAUAAUGAUUAAUUUUAUGUAUAAAUUGAUGAUGAACAGGUGUAUAAAUAAACAUUUUAAAAAUUGGAUGGACUAAGUAUUUGUGGAGAGUAAAUUUUAUUAUAAAUUUUUAAAGUUCUAAACCUGGUUUUGGAUAAAAAUUGGUUAAUAUUGAAAUAAUUUAGAAGCAUAAGAAAGAUUAAAUGACAGUUAGAUUUACUUCUUCAUUAAAGUAAGGUACAUAUAAUUUAACAAUAUUUUAGAUUCUGAGGAUCAAUCAUGGGGAAUUAGAGAUUUUUUUGCUUUUGUUGCAGAAUGCCCAAAUUUUUGUAAGAGUUGUUUUGGAUCUGGUGAAAAUGAAUGCUUAAAAUGUGAAGAAACACAUUAGUUGAUUGAAGGAAAAUGUGUUAAUAAAAAUGAUUGGUUUAUUUUAUCAAAAGAAUUCAAUGAUCCUUAAAGUUUUAAAAAGAUAACAGAAUGGUAAAUUGAAAAUAUUGAUCCUAUUCAAUCUGAAGUUGAAACAUCUCCAAUUACAUUUUGUGGCAAAGAUGUAAAAAUCUUUGGAGGUUAUAAAGUAUUAGCAAAAGUAAUUUAUAUUAAAUAUAUACAAAGAAAUCAAAAGUUUCAAAAUUGUUUAAUAAUAUUCCAGCACAUAAUUUUUUAAGAUUAAGAAUUACAAUGUAUAAAAUAGAUAGAUGGGAUGGAGAAGAAUUGAUAAUUUUAGGAGAUGAAAAAUAAAUAUGGAGUUAACUUUUAGGAUGGAAUGAUCCUGGAUAAUCUAAUAUUUGUGGUGAUCCUAAAAGUCCAUGGAAAGAAAGAAUAAUGUUUAUAGAUUAAGUUAUUCAGCAUAAUAGAGAUGAGUUUAAAUUAACUAUUACAUCAACUUUACAGGCAACUGCUGAUUUAGCAUCUUGGGGAUUUAGAGAUGUAAUGUUACUUUAUUCUCCUAUCAAAGAAUGUAUUACUAUUUUUAGUGAAUGUAAUUAUUAAGGAUUAAAAGGAUAAAUUUGUGAUAAUGUUGAAGAAUUAAAUAAGGUAUAUAUUCAUUAUUUUAUGGAUAGUUUGAUUUUCAGAUUAAAUCUAUAUAGAUACCUGAAGGAUUAAAAUUUGUUGGCUUUAAGAAUACUUAAUUCAAAGGUGAUAGAGUUGAAUACACAACAAAUUAAAAAUGUCUUGAAGAUAUUCAAUUUUCAUUCAUCUAAAGAUUAUGAG